UCCGCGGACGCUGACCCGCUGCGCCCAGAUCUUCAUCAAGGACGUGAAGAGCUCGAACGGCACCGCCUCAGCCCCGAGGGCGUCGAGUCCGAGCCCUUCGAGCUCAAGUCGGACGACAUCGUGGAAUUCGGCAUCGACAUCGUCGGCGAGGACAACAAGACAAUCAUCCACCACAAGGUCGCCGCGCGCGUCGUGUGCGUCUUCACCGAGCAGGAAGCGCAGGCCGCUGCGCGCGCGGAGGCGCAGGCGGGCCCCGCCUCAUACGGGCCGCCCAAUGCGCCCGGGCAGCAGCGCCGCCCGUCGCUCCAGCAGGGCCUCAUCGGGCUCGGGGACCGCGGCGGGAACAUGCGCGCGCCCGGCAAGAGCGGGCUCACAUUUGACCACAUCCUGAGCCGCCUGCAGGGCGAGCUGCAGAAGAGCCGCGACACGGGCGCCGAGCUGCAUUCGCUGACGAGUGCGAUGAAUGAGAUACAUGAUACCCUCGGUGGCAACCUGCCGCCGAACCUCCCUCCGCAUCCUUCGAAUCUCCCACCAGUCAUGCCUCCUCAGUCGCAGCAGCAGCAAGAAUCUGAACAACAACAGGCGCCGGCAGCGCCGUCAUCAUCAGAAUCGGGUUUAGCACUCUCGGAACUCCAGUCACAACUGCGCGAGACUCAAAUGUCUCUCGCAAGCCACGUAGACAAAAUCCGCUCCCUCGAGACGAUGCUCGCCGAGCACGAAGCGAUCAAGCGCGAAGUCGGCUCCCUGCGCGAGCUCAUGGAGGAGCGCAAGCGCGAGAUGGACACGUCUCGCGGACGCAGCGGCAGUCCCAGCGGACGCCACCACCAAUACGGGCGCGACGAUAACAUGGCACAUGAUCAGCAUUAUAUGUCCGAUGACGACGACGAUGCACGCAGCGUUUCGACGAUCGUCCCGCACGAGCUCGACCGGGUCGACGAGGAGGACGAGGAGCAGCUGGCCGCGGAGGAGGAAGAGGAGCAGCGGCGGAGGCGGAGGGAUGAGCUGGGUCGUCCGCGCACGCCAGAGCCAACGGGCAUGGGUAUGUCUGACGAUGACUAUGAUCACGACCACGAUCACAGCAGAUACGAGCCGCAGCAACGCACUCGGUCGCCGUCUCCUCCGCCCGCGGCCCCGCCAGUCCCUAUACCCGCUGCGGUCCCCGACAAUAUCAGCGAGCGGCUAACGACACUCUCGAAGCAAUUGGAGUCUGCGCUCGAGCUCUCGCGCUCUCUUGAGGCGCAGCAUUCGGUUGCACAAUCGACCAUCUCCUUGCUAGAGUCGAAGGUCGCCUCGCUGGAGAGUCUCGUGCAUGACACUCGCUCACAAGUUCAGGUGCAGACUGAAGCCACCGAGCAACUAGCUGAGGCCAUGCGCUCGGAGCAACUCCCCGACUCAGCAGCGCAGGAGGCCGAGCAGAGGACGCGGGAGUCGCUGACGGAAAUGGUGAACGAGUGGAAAAAGAACGUCGAAGGCCGCUGGAGCAACGUGCAGGAAGAGUGGACCGAGGAGCGGGAGCGCCUGCGCCGCGCGAAAGACGAGUGGGAGACGCGCAUCCGGGUCGUCGAGGAUGGCGUCGGCAGCAACGUUUCGAAGGUCGAGUCGAUGCUCGGGACUCUAGCUGCGCUGCCUGCGCAACAACAUUCCUUUCUGAACGGAAACGGAAAGCUUACCCACAGCGGCGGCCUCGUUACUCCCCCUAGCCCGCGCAGCCUGUCAGCAGAGUCGACGCGCCCACGACAGAGGCGAAAACGCAGCAGCUCGUCAAGAGGCCGCUCGCGCUCGCGGUCUGCCUCCAUGGCUGCUGGCGUGGAGGUAGGCUCGUCGGCAUCGUCGAUCUCAGGCGACGCCACCGAAUCUCACCCACUCGGGCGGCGGCGCUUGCCUUGGACCGCUGAUGACUCGAGCAUCAGCGACACGGAAUCGCAUGCGGCCAGUGACAGGGCGACAGCUGCAGGCGAGGAUGAGCCGACAAGGAGUCUCAAGGGUAUGCCGUUCCCGAUCACCCCGGAGUCCUCAGUUCUGAACCAUCCGCUGUCGUCCUCGGACGAUGCGUCUGGGACAGCAACCGACUCACAGACGCGGCCGCCGCCCAAAGACCUGGUACGUCGUCCCGUUUACUUAUCUUCUGUUCCGCUGGGUUGA